AUGUCUGUGAACAUAAAGUUUAGAGAAGACAAGGAUGAACCAUUACUGUAUAAUGAUACGACUGUAACAUACUUUAAAGAAAUAAUCGCUACUAUUGCUCAGUUGGAAGUAGAAGAAGUGGGAUCCACUACUCCUUUAUAUAUAUUAAUGAAUUUAGAUCAACUUGUAGUUCAGGAUUUGACGGAAAUUAGAUCAAUCUGGAACAAGAGAAUCAUUACUUUUGCAGCAGAGCAUAAUUCAUCAAACAAAGAUACUUAUAGACCUAGCUUUAGUAACGUUGACGUGUUUGAUAUAAAUCAUUAUAAUACUCUAUGCCUUACAGUAGAGCAUACAUUCUACUUUCUUCAAAUUAUAGAUAUGCAUAUCACAGUCCUUCAAACGAUGUUUAACCAUGGUUCUGUUUCCUUGCUUUCCACAUCAGAAAGGCUAAGCAUGCCACAAUCAAUUGGGCAAGUUCCUGCAUUGCUACCUCCCGUGCUCACACUUGACUACAACUGUGCACAGAUUAUGAAAAGUACUGUAGAGUGCCUUGAAAAUGUUGCUUCCUCAGCGGCAUUGACUCGCCCAACUGGUCUCACUUUUCUCCCUGAUUUGUCCCGAUGA